AACCUCCAAAGGACCAUAUGUUCCUAAGCACCCCCUUCUACGCUCGGAUCAUAGAUGGUACCGUCCGGAAGUCCGGGCGGAGACUGAGGCUGCGCUUCGCGCGAAAGGGCAGGCGUCGCGGGGCUGGCCACUUCCGCACUUCCGCUUUCCGGCCCAGCCAGCGCCCGCGAUGACUGCCACUCUCCGCCCCUACCUGAGUGCCGUGCGGGCCACACUGCAGGCUGCCCUCUGCCUGGAGAAUUUCUCCUCCCAGGUUGUGGAACGACACAACAAGCCGGAAGUAGAAGUCAGGAGUAGCAAAGAGCUCCUGUUACAACCUGUGACGAUCAGCAGGAAUGAGAAGGAAAAGGUUCUGAUUGAGGGCUCCAUCAACUCUGUCCGGGUCAGCAUUGCUGUGAAACAGGUGAGCUCACCACUGAGCCCCUGCCUCCUCAGGAGGCUAGGGAUCCCCAUCUGAAAGAUCGUCAUGCCAGAUUCAAGGUGCAAGGAAACCCAGGCUGUAUUUCCUUGACUGUACCCAGGGAAUGAUUUGCCAGAUUCAGCAGGUCAAUAGAGUAGAGAUAGCAACCCUAUCUUCUAGCCCUUGCUCUAGAUUAGAAGUUGGGAAAAGUAGUAGCCAAGGCCAUGGCCAUUUUGGUGUUAGGUCAGAGAAUCAUUUAUAAGUGAUAAAAGUCCAGUUCAGA